AUGUCGUCUGCCAAAUUUCCUGUACCUGCCCCGUUCGAUUUCUCCACCCCAGAAGCAUGGCCAAUCUGGAAGACCCGUUUUGAACGCUUUAGUUCUUUGUCCAAAUUGGACGAGGCGGACGGGCAACGCCAAGUAGACACUUUAGUUUACUCCAUGGGAGCCGAAGCCGAUCCUAUCUUUGAGUCUCUAUCUCUGUCCGCGGAUGAUAAGAAGAAACUCGACAAGGUACUGGAGGCCUUUGACAAGUAUUUUCGCCCGGGUGUAAACGUAAUCCCCCAACGGACAUUGUUUGAAAGGUGUGUCCAGAACCCAGGUGAAUCCGUGGAAGAGUAUGUGCGUCGUCUCCGUGCCGCAGCCAAAUAUUGCGCGUUUGACAAGUCAGAUGAGCGUAUCCGCGACAGGUUGGUGGCCCAUAUGACGAACCGAGAAGUUUCGAAGAAGCUACAGCUCGAGGAUCACGCUCAGCUGACACUCGAGACUGCCGUGAGCUUGGCACGCAAAACGGAGUCCGUAAACGCCGAGGUCGCCCAGCAAACGCCCCGGGUGAGCCAAGCUGCUGCAGCUACCUCACCGCAACGGAAACACGGCAAGUCCCCUGCUUACGCAAGUUACGGAUCGACGGGAAAGCGACCACAGGUCAAGUCCCAACGAGACUCGAGCAACGGUAAGAAGUGCUCGUGGUGUGGCUCCUCCAAAGACCACAAAUCGAACCGUGACGAAAGCCCUGCCAAGGACAAGUCUUGUAACAAGUGUCGUAAGUCUGGACACUUCGCCAGCGUCUGCCGGUCUGCCUCCGCCAGUGCAGCACACAACGAUUAUGUGCAUGUAGCUGAGUUUGACUUGCAGUCGGACCCCGUCGGCGAAAAUUUCCUUGGAGCUGCUUCUACCCACACCGCUGACGAGCCGUGGAUAGUACGACUGGAUCUGUGCGGCUCACACCUCGAUUUCAAAAUCGACACUGGAGCUGAUCUCAACAUUAUGACGCAGGCUAGCUACAACGGUUUAUCUGCACCGCCAGUACUCAGUCCGUGCCAGACACGUAUGAUUGGGCCUGAUGGGAACCAGCUCACGAUACAGGGUGAGUUCCACACUUGUGCUGUGCUCCGUGAUGUACAGUACCCAGUCACUAUCCUGGUCAUUGCCACCGGUGGUGUCAACUUGUUGAGCAGGCAGACAUCUGAACAGAUGGGCCUAGUACAACGUCUUCAUGUUGGCUCUUCAGAUGCCCAGCCGAAAAUCGGAUGCAUGCUAGGCAAGCCAGUCGAGAUUGAGUUGAAGCCAGACUGCAAACCAUACAACUGUGUAAAUGCUCGACGCAUUCCAAUACACAUUUGCCUCAAGGUUCGCACCGAGCUGGAGCGUAUGGAAAAAGCAGGUGUCAUCACAAAAGUCGAGCAGCCGACUGACUGGUGUUCACCCCUCGUGUCGGUCCUCAAGCCGAACGGCAACGUGCGUGUAUGCGUAGACCUCAAGCGCCUGAAUGCCAGCGUCAAAAGAGAGCACUACCCGUUACCGACCGUGGACGACACGCUCGCACAACUCAACGGUUCUACCAUAUUCUCUACGCUGGACACCACGUCUGGCUUCUGGCAGAUCCCACUCUCCGAGGAAGCGUCGUUGCUGACGACGUUUAUCACUCCCUAUGGCCGCUUCAAGUUCGAGCGCCUUCCCUUCGGCAUAACGAGCGCGCCUGAGAUAUUCCAGCGCCGGCUACAAGGUCUACUCAGCGAUAUUCCCAACGUAGCAGUGUUCAUAGACGACAUCAUCGUCUAUGCUUCAUCGAUGGCUGAGCAUGAUGCUGCUCUGCUCGCCGUCGAGAACCGACUCCGCGAUGCCGGUCUGACACUGAAUCCGAACAAGUCUAAGUUCAGAUGCACGUCCCUAAAGUACCUGGGCCAUCGGAUCAGCGACAAGGGUGUCCACCCUGACCCAGCUAAGCUGGAUGCCAUUGAGCGCCCCGCAGCACCAGCUGAUGUGGAAGAGCUCCGUCGUGCACUCGGACUCUUCACGUACCUCUCCAAGUUUCUGCCGUCAUUGUCGACCGUAGCCGCCCCACUGCUCGAGCUACUCCGGUGCGACGCGACGUGGCAAUGGACCAAAGCACAUGAGCUAGUUUUCACAGAGCUCAAAUGCCUAGCUGCCUCAGCCCCGUGUCUCGCGUACUAUGACCCGUCUGCCCCGACCAUCGUCACGGCUGAUGCGAGCAGCUAUGGAUUGGGUGCUGCACUGCUACAGUUCCACGACAAUGAGUGGAAGCCGGUCGCGUACGCCUCACGCACCAUGACAGCAGCAGAGAAACGGUAUGCCCAGAACGAGAAAGAGCUCCUCGCCUCGGUCUGGGGAUGUGAACACUUCCAUCAAUACCUCUACGGAGCGCCCCGAUUUACCAUUCAAACGGACCACAAGCCGCUGGUCCCACUAAUGAACACGCGUGACCUCGACCGAGUACCUCUACGCUGCCAACGUCUACUGAUCAGACUCAUGCGCUAUGAUGUACAGGCGGAGUACGUGCCUGGCAAGAACAUGGUUCUCGCCGACACGCUGUCCAGAGCUCCUCUUCCUGACACGCCAGCAACCGAAUCCGACCUACACAGUGACUCGGAAGCCACCAUCGCCGCUGUCCUGUCGUCUCUAUGCAGUCCUACCAAGCAACACGCUCUCGUUACAGCCACUGCUGACGAUCCAGUCCUGCAACAAGUAAUCCAGCAUACCCUCCAUGGCUGGCCGACCAAGGUCAACGCAGACCUGGAAGCCUACCGCAACGAACGUGGCUCGCUCUCAGUUCACGACGGUCUGCUGUACCACGGAUUUCGGAUCGUAGUCCCGGCAUCCGAGCGCAAAGCUACACUUGCCACUUUGCAUGACGGCCACCAAGGCAUAACCAAGUGCCUGGCCCGUGCAAAGUCCUCCGUCUGGUGGCCAGGAGUCGACCUCUGCCAACAUGACGGUCAGGAGUACCUCAUUGCUGUCGACUACUUCUCCAGGUACAUUCACGCCAUCUCGCUACGGAAGACUACCUCUGGAGCCGUCAUCAAGGAACUCCACGAGCUGUUCGCCAUCCAUGGCAUCCCUCAAGCUCUUGUGUCGGACAACGGUCCACAGUUCGCAAGUGCUGAAUUCGCCGCAUUCACAGCCCAAAUGCAGCUCACCCACCGCACCAGUAGCCCGCACUACCCACAGAGCAACGGUGAAGCUGAGCGAGCAGUUCAAACAUUCAAGCGUCUCCUGAAGACCAACAACAGCCUCAACGAUGCCCUGCUCAGUUACAGGUCAACACCCCUCGCAAACGGCUACUCGCCAGCCGAGCUCCUGUUUGGUCGUCGUCUACGCACACACCUCCCAUGUACAGCGGAAUCCCUCGCUCCAAGUUGGCCUGAUCUCGCCAAGCUAAGGAAGUUCGAGGUGAGGCAGAAAGACCGACAGAGUGAGACGUACGACUCGUCACACCGAGCACAAUCUCUGCCACCAUUGACCCAAGGCGACCGAGUCUGGGUGCAAGAUCUCGCUUCCGAAGCCGUGAUUGCAGACCGCGUCUCCGACAGAUCCUAUAUUGUCACGACCGACAACCUGUCCGAGUACCGCCGCAACCGUCGCCACGUCAAGUUGCUACCUGAUGUGCAACCAACACCAACACCGCAGUUGAAUGUCACUACACCUGCAGAACCUCCAUCCGCUGAUGUCGAGUUCCAGCCUACCUUGCGCCGAUCAGCACGUCCAUCCCGGUCGCUGAACAGACUCGACCUGUAA